GCGUCGCGCCUCUCCCAGUCGCUUCGCCUGCAACGUCCACGGAUCUUAGCUGUGGUGGCGGCCGUCGCUCUCCCGCGCUCUCCGUGGAGCCCUGCGUCCUGACCAGUCGAUGGUGUUUCCUGGAGCUCCCGGCCCCGUCAUGUCGCGCUCGGAAGAGGUGCACAGGGUCACCGAGAAUGUCUACAAGACAAUCAUGGAACAAUUUAAUCCCAGCCUCCGGAACUUCAUAUCUAUGGGAAAGAACUAUGAAAAGGCCUUGGCAGGUGUGACAUAUGCUGCAAAAGGAUAUUUUGAUGCCCUGGUUAAAAUGGGAGAAUUGGCCAGUGAAAGUCAAGGAUCUAAAGAAUUAGGGGAUGUUCUGUUCCAGAUGGCUGAAGUCCAUAGACAGAUUCAAAAUCAGUUAGAAGAGAUGCUGAAGUCCUUCCACAAUGAACUACUAACACAGCUUGAGCAGAAAGUAGAGCUAGAUUCACGGUAUCUAAGCGCUGCACUAAAGAAGUACCAGACCGAGCAAAGGAAUAAAGGGGACGGAGUAGAGAAAUGCCAGGGUGAAUUAAAGAAGCUUCGGAAGAAGAGCCAAGGAAGCAAAAAUCCUCAGAAGUAUUCAGAGAAGGAGCUGCAGUUUAUUGAAGCAAUGGCCAAUAAACAAAGUGAGCUGGAGAACUAUGUAUCUGAUGGUUACAAGAUGGCACUCACAGAAGAGAGGCGGCGAUUUUGUUUCCUGGUGGAGAAGCAGUGUGCAGUGGCCAAAAAUGCUCUUACGUACCACUCCAAGGGAAAAGAUAUCUUGACACAGAAGCUCCCAUUAUGGCAACAAUCUUGUUCGGAUCCCAACAAGAUCCCAGACCGUGCUCUCCAGGUUAUGCAGCAGAUGGCCCUCAGCAGCAAUGGCUCAAUUAUGACUACACCUCUGUCAACAUCCAAGUCAAAUCUCAUCAUCUCGGACCCUAUACCUGGUGCCAAACCUCUUCCAGUCCCUCCAGAGCUGGCACCAUUUGUAGGACGAAUGUCUGCACAAGAGACCAUACCAGUAAUGAAUGGAGUCUCAGGAUCGGAAGGUGAAGAUUACAGCCAUUGGUCUGACCGAAAGCCUCCUCAGCCUAAGUCCUUAUCCCCACCACAACCUCAGAAGCAAUUGAGUGACUCUUACUCCAAUACUCUCCCUGUGCGCAAAAGUGUAAUGCCGAAAAACAGCUAUGCAUCCACUGAAAACAAGACUCUUCCCCGUUCCAGCUCCAUGGCAGCAGGACUAGAAAAAAAUGGCCGAACAAGAGUGCGAGCCAUCUUCUCUCACGCUGCUGGGGACAAUAGCACCCUUCUGAGCUUCAAGGAGGGAGACCUUAUUAUGUUGCUAGUGCCUGAGGCCCGAGAUGGCUGGCAUUAUGGAGAGAGUGAAAAGACCAAAUUGAGAGGCUGGUUUCCUUUCUCCUACACACGUGUGUUGGACAGUGAUGGGACCGAUAGAUUACAUAUGAGCCAGGGGAAAAGCAGUAGUACAGGUAACCUGUUGGACAAAGAUGAUAUCCCCCCUCCCGACUACAGCAUGUCCUCCCGAACUUUCCAGGCACCGAAUGUCAGCACUUUCAAACAGAGGCCGUACAGCGUGGCGGUGCCAGCAUUCCCCCAGGGACUGGAUGACUAUGGGGCAAGACCCUCAAGCAGGAAUCCUUUUGCCAACGUCCAGCUCAAACCAACGGUGACAAAUGAUCGUUCAGCUCCUCUCAUCAGCUGAUCCAGAAAUGUUGGGUUACGGCGGGUACCUUGCACCUUUUGAUUUCCCUUUCACCUGUGUUGUAUUUCUGUGAGGUCCUUGUACAGUUUACGUGUCUUUCCCUCCAACUCUGUUUUGGUAGUUAAAUAAGCAUUUAAGUGGCAAUGCUGGUGUGCUUUUCCUUUUGCUCAUUAGAAAUAGAAGAGAAACUUGACCCUUAAAGAGCGAUGGGUUUUGAAAGGGAUGCUACGCUGCUAUAUUGAGGGGAGACCUAGAUAGACCAGAAAGCAGGCCCUGCCUUCUUUGCCUUUUGCAGCUAUAUGCCACGUUCAUAAACGUUUUAAGAAUAGCCAUGGAGAUAGAAGGACCUGGCAGUUUUGCAGUGGUCUUGUGUUUGUCAGUUAACAUUUCUCCUGGAAAUCUUUUUUCGCCUUUUAUCAAAACCUAUGGAUUUGAACAGGACUUCAGAGCUGUCAAGAGAAGCUUUGGGGCUGCCUAAGAUGAAACGCACGACCUGGGUCCUGCUCACUCAACCCUUGGAACUGACACGGACUUGAAUCUUCCAAAGCGCUUCUUGGUAGCUCCCUCCUUACCUUGCAUUGGACUUUUGCUGGAUAAAAGUAAAAGUUUUACUGAAUCGAUGUUUAGAAGAGCUGGGCUCCUCAAAGCAAUUGUCUCGAUUUGACACUUCGUUAUUAAUGGUCCUUUCUCUCCUAAUGGCCCUACAUCUAUUCAGCUUGUCUGUGAUGAUCCUUUAGCGGUAAGGCCCACUGAUGGCCAAAUUAUUGUGGGUACCUUUUCCAGCAUUUUAAGGUGGUUGGGGAAUGUUAUGCAGGAAAGAAAUAUUUUCAACUAGCACCAUCUGUUGCUCGAGCAUUUGUUUCAUUUCUCUGUAGCUUUAAAUAGACCAAGGAGGGACCAUUAAAAAUCUGGUUUAGUCCUACAGUGCCCAAACUACCCUUGCUCUGUCUUCUUACUGACACAUCUUGACUGGUACAGGUGUGUCUUCUGCUGCCAAAACAAGUUAGUUUAAGACAGCUUGACCUCAGCCUUGGUAUUGGGUCAACGCUGUUUGAAAGGUCCUUUGUUCUGUUACUAAGCUUUUUUUUUUUUAAUUUUUCUUUUUAAGUUGCACUUGCCUUCUCAAGUAGAUAUUCAGUCACAAAUAAGCUUUUUUCUUAUGUUCUGUCCUAUUGGCUCUCAAAAUCUGGUAAGAUGUAACAAAGACCAUUCAGCUCGCUCCUUGUAUUUAUGUACCCCAAGAUUAGUGAGUAGUUCUAGGAAACAGUAGUUAUCAAAAUGGAACUGGGCUUACCCACUAUUUGGAGUGCUCUUACUGUUUGAAUUCCAGUUAUAGCGCCAGAGUCUGGUGAUAAUGGAAACCCAAUUCCUAAAUUACAUUUGACUUCAAAUAUGGAGCGAUAGAGGCAAAUUAGCAGUCAAUUUUUAAGAGCUGUGUGUCUGUUUCUAUGCCAUUUAACCAUUCUUUCUUUUAAAUUCUUAUUGAAAUCCUAAUGAAUUAUGAUAGAUCCAAACUUCUACCUUAUUCCACAUAAUAGUAGCCCCCAGCUGACUGUACAAAAUGUAUAUCGAGCUGCUGCUUUUUCUUCCCAGAAAGGAAUGAUGAUAAUAAUGAUAUUUUUUCCUCUAAAAGUGGCAAAGCUUUUGGUGUGAACUUUGGCCAAAUAUUAAAUAGCCUCCCUCAUCUGAUCCUUUGUGCAACCGGAAGUCAUUUGCAGCUGCUUUGCUUUUUCCAGUGACUCUUAAAAAGCAGUCACAGCUGCCUUAAAUAUAAAUUUACCAAUUUUAUCAUUAAAAUCAUUCAAGUUCAAAUGUGA